GGUGGAGAGUGCUGGGGAAGGUUGCGGAGUGUCACAGCUGCUGCCAUGCCGGCCAGUCCCGCCGUGGGCUUGUCGUUCUCGCUGCGGCCGAUGAUGUCGGCCGGCGGUGGCCCUCCGGAAGCCCUGGAGUCGGCCGGCCGCACCCUGGACCGCCUGCUGCAGGCCGACUCGCAGUUCCCCAGCCUGGCCGAGCGGCUGCGGAUCGCACAGCAGGCCUGCCCUACCGUGAGCGGUCAGCAGGAGGCGGACUAUCCCAGCCUGGGCGGCCUCCGCCUCAAGCAGCUGGCCGUCCAGAAGAAGGUGCCGCUGCCGGCCGAGCUGGUGGAGCACUUCAACCACCUGCAGUGCAACUGCAUGAUGGGCCUGUUCCCCGAGCUGAACCGCGCCUGGCUCACUAUCGAUAACGACAUAUACGUGUGGCUGUUCGAGUCGGGCGGCGACCUCACCUACUACGACGGCAUGAGCGAGACCAUCCUCAGCGUGGCGAUGGUGCGACCGCGGCCCGGCGUCUUUCAGUCUCACAUCCAACACCUGCUCUGCCUGGCCACGCCGCUGGAGAUCGUGCUGCUGGGCGUGACGCUGGGCCGGCCGCGCGACCCCGCCGGCCCGGCCGAGAUGCACGUACUGCCCGAGCCGCUGUUCGCCAUCGCCAGCGACGGCGCCUACGUGACGACGAGCGGCGGCACGCCGGCCGGCCGCGUCUUCCUGGGCGCCAAAGACGGCUGCCUGUACGAGCUGGUGUACCAGGCCACCGACAGCUGGUUCUCGCGUCGCUGCCGCAAGAUCAAUCACUCGUCGAGCGCGCUGUCCGUGCUGGUGCCCACUUUCCUGGCGGCCGCCUUUUCGGAUGAGGACCCCCUGAUUCAGCUGGUCGUCGACGAGUCGCGCAAUGUGCUCUACACGCGCUCCGAGAAGGGCACGGUGCAGGUGUACGACCUGGGCGCCGACGGCCAGCAGACGGUGCGCGUGGCGGCGCUGUCGCAGUUCUCCAUCGCGCAGGCGGCGGCCGGCAUCGCCUCGUCGGUGGACGCGUCCAACUUCCGGCCCAUCAUCGACGUGUCGCCGGUGACGGCGGCCGAGUCGCGGCUCGUGCACCUGGUGGUGACCACGCAGACGGGCGUGCGGCUGUACUUCAGCACGGGCGGCGCCGGCUCGCGGCCCGUGACCCUGCAGCUGUGCCACAUCCGCCUGCCGCCGGGCUUCGCGGCCAAUGCGCCGCCGCAGCGGCCGGCUGGCCUGCAUAUGGCGCGGUACGCGGCCGGCGCCGGCCUGCUGCUGGCAGCCCAGUCCGACGACCUGGACGUGCUCUGGCUGCUGAGUGGCGACGCCUUCCCGGUGUCGCCGCGACUGACGGAGCUGCAGAGCACACUGCCGCUCGAUGGGCACACGUGGGCGCUGCAGCCGCUGCCCGAGCGGCAGCUGAUGCGGUCCGAGGCCGGCGACGGGCCGCAGCCGCCGCUGGUGGUGACGCAGCACGCGCGCCUGCCGCGCCGCUACGUGGCGCUCUCGUCGCGCGGCGUGCAGGUGCUAGAGCAGCUGCGGCCGGUGGACCAGCUGCGCGUGCUGCUGGAGGAGGACGCCGGCCGGCCGGACGCCGACGCGGUGCGCGCCUUCUUCGUGCUACACUCCGAGCCGCAGGCGUGCGCGGCGUGCCUGAUUCUGGCGUGUUCGGACGCGCCGCAGGACGCCCGGGUGGCCGACUGGGCGGCGCGCGCCUUCUUCCGGUUCGGCGGCGAGCCGCGGGCGGCGCCGGCGCCGGCCGUCUCGCCGGCCUCGCUGCACUCGACCAGCCUGCUCGGCGGCUUCCACCCGCAGCAGAUGUCUACGCCGCAGCCGGGCCGCGGGCCGCCGUCGCAGCUGCCGCAGCUGUCGCUCUCGGCAGACGCCUCGCUGGCCGCGCCCGUCGAACUCUUCUCCGGCAAGCACGACGGACUGUACCUGUACGUGUCGCGACUGCUGCGACCGCUGUGGGCCAGCCGCGUAGUGCGCGAGUUCUCGCCGCGGCCCGGCCAGCUGCACCUGCUGUCGGCGGCCACCUCUGAGGAGCUGGACUGGCUGUGCGGACAGCUGCAACGACUCUCCCGCUUCAUGGAGCAGCACAAGCUCAUCUUCUCACCGCCGUACGUGGACACGGUCAGCACGCAGCAGCUGCAGCAGCGGAUGAACUCGUUCCUGCCGCAAGAGGGCAGUGGUGGCGGCGGCGCCGCGCGGCCUCAGCUGGGCCGCGGCCAGCAAGCGCAGGCGGCCGAGCGUCAGAGUCUGAUCUGCCUCGCUGAGCUGGUCGACUACACCAGACAGGUGCUGGGCCUGCUGAAGAUCAUCACCGACCACCAGACGACGGCGGUGACCGAGGCUCUGAGCAAGGAGGACCAGUCGGCGCUGCGGCUGAUGACGCUUCGCGACCUCACGCUGUCGGGCCGCGCCAUGUGCACGCAGCUGGUGAACGCGCUCAUCGGCCGCUACCUCAACGACAACGCCAGCACGGAGGCGGUGUCGGCGGAGCUGCGCAGGCUGGCGCCCGCCGUCUACCGCGAGGAGGACGAGCUGAGCUCGCGCGCCUCCGAGAUGCUCGUCUCGGCGCGCGACGCUUCCUCCGCGGCCGAGCGGGAGCGCCUGGUGCGCGAGGCGCUCAGGCUGGCCAAGCAGGUGGCCGGCCAGCUCAACCUGCCCGUCGUCUGCCAGCACUUCCAGUCGGUGCACGACUACGAGGGCGUGGUGGAGCUGGUGCUGGCGGCCGCCGAGAAGCGUGAUGUGCAGGACGCGGCGCUACACUACUACCGCGCGGGAGAGCCACCUGAUGACGUUCAGGGCGGGCAGGCCUUCAAAGCCAGGUUCGAGUGCUACAACGAGGUGAUGAAGAUGCUGUCGUCUCUGAAGGCGCUGGCGGAGUCUGGCCAGCGCCAGUCGCCGGUGCCGGCGCGGCCGGGCCCGCCGCCGCUGGCCGCGCCGGCCGACCAGCCGCAGGAGGCGCGGCGCCGAGCCGAGCUCGUGAUCGAGGCGGUGCUCGCCUCCUCCGACGAGCUGCUGCACGUGGCCCUGUACAACUGGAUGAUGACCAGUGGCAUGUCCGACCGGCUGCUGCAGGUGAAGUCGCGCUACAUCGAGCCCUUCCUGACGCGCGUCUCGGGCGCCCCUACCAGCGUGGACACCCUGGACCUGCUCUGGAAAUACUACGAGAUGAACAGCCAGCACCUGGCCACCGCCAAGGUCCUGGCCAAGCUAGCCGAGCGUGACGGGUCGGACGUGAGCCUGGAGCAGCGGAUCGAGUACCUGGCCCGGGCGAUUCUGUGUGUCAAGUCCAGUCAGAUGCAGGUCUCGGCGGCCGCCAGCCAGGGCGAGUUUCUGCACGAGCUCGAAGAGAAGAUGGAGGUGGCGCGCGUGCAGCGCAUGGUGCUGGAGGCGGUGCGCGGCCGCGCGGCCGAGUCGAAGGCGCUGAACGCCGGCCUGCUGGACGUGACGGCGCUGUACGAGAUGUGCAGCCAGCUGGGCCUGCACCGCGGCCAGCUGGCGGUGGUGGUGUGCGCCGGCCACCGCGACCCGGCGCUGGUGCGCGCCCUCUGGACCGGCCUGCUACGCGCCGAGCUGAAGGCGGCCGGCGCUGCCGAGGCCGAGGCGGCCGCGCCCGCCGUCGUCGAGCUGGCGCGCACCUACAGCGGCCAGCCGGCCUACUUCCCGCUGGAGACGAUCGUGCACGAGCUGGAGGUGCACUCGUGCCGCUACUGGAGGGACCCCUCGCCCGGCUGGGCAGCCGCCGCGCUGGCCCAGGCCGGCGUGCCGCUGCCGCAGCUGCUUGCCGUCUAUCAGUCGCUGUACCGGCAGAAGGACGACGCGUGGAGGGAGAGUCCCCUGCACCUGCUGCACGCCAUCUGCCGGAUCGUGGCCGGUUUCAGCCGCUGGCCGAGCGGCGUGCCCGCGCGCGAGAGACGCGCCUUCGCCACCACCUGCCUGGACCUGAUGGCCGCCUACGUCAACGACCUGAACGCCAGCCCGGCGCUGGACGCCCGCGAGCUGGCCGACCAGCUGAAGACCCACCAGGCUGAGCUGGAGCGCCUGCUGCGCUCGUAG